ACCUUUCACGCGUGAGCGUGUGCAGCUCGGGCUUCUCAACAGAAGAUGGAAAUCCACAGGAGGACAAACACACACACACACACACGCGCGCGCGCGCGCGCACACUCGCAACCCGGCGUUCCUCUCUCAGAUGCGCAAAGUCCAGCACGCAGCUCUGCGUGGCAACUUCGCCGAACACGCAACGGGUGAAAAACUGCGAUCGUUAACAGGCUAUCGAUUACGGUUUGUCACCAGCGCUUGAAAGAAAGGCUUUUCCUCCACAUCCACAGGAGCGGCAUCAUAAUUUCCAACGCUGUCGCGGAGGAGAGGAGGAGGAGGAGGAGAAGGAGGAGGAGGAGGAGAGCGCUGAUUCACGGCUUGCAGGAGGAGGCAGAGACGCUCGGACGGGCUCGAGAAGAAGAAGAAGAAGGAGAUCCAUCUCCCACCCAGCGUGCAGUCCUAAAAUACCGAGCCACUCGCCUCCUCCUCCGUCGUUACUGACAGCUCUGUGACCCACCGGCCCCCGUCCUGUUCCGGUCAGGGGAGGAUUCUGGGGAGGAAGAGCGCCACGGCAAGGAGACGACGAAAGGCGAUCGCCCUCCCCUUUGGCCCGGUUUGAUCCUACACAUUCGACGGUACCGUGGGCAGGCUGGGGGGUGCGAGGGGGUGUGUGGGGCGGGGGAGGGGGGGAGAGAGGACCUGCACGCUCCCUCUUGUUCAUGAGGACGACUCGGCAGCCUCGCGGUGGGAUUGUGGUGUGCCGAUUAUUUUAGGACCAUCGCGGCAAAAACAACAACAACAAGAAUAAUAAUAAGACUAAUAAUAACAAUAAAGGGGGCGGACGGGAGCUGCUCAGCUGUCUCUACAUAAAGUCACUCACAUACAGAUCCAGGUGGUGGGUGGAAAAAAGCACAGCCCAGUGCUGGAUCCCAGAGGGACUGUUAGUGUUGCAAGGCCCCUUAAGACGAAGAAGGGUGCAUGGAGGGUUCAAGGCCUCUAAAACCAGGGACAUCAGCCUGCCUCUGGUUGGGACUGGUCUCUGUGGCCGUAGCUUUCCUUUGUACAGAGGCCCGGACUACUCCGAGUCCUUUACUCAGCCCCAACAAUGCCACCUGCAAGGGCAACUCAAAAUGUCAGACAGGGAUCAUCCUCCCCAUCUGGUAUCCCGAGGAUCCGUCCAUGGGAGACAAGAUUGCUCGGGUCAUCGUCUAUUUUGUGGCCAUGAUCUACAUGUUUCUUGGUGUGUCCAUCAUUGCCGACCGUUUCAUGGCAGCCAUUGAGGUCAUCACCUCCCAAGAAAGAGAAAUUGUCAUCAAAAGGCCCAACGGGGAAACGACGACAACCACAAUUCGGGUGUGGAAUGAAACAGUUUCCAACCUUACUCUCAUGGCCUUAGGCUCAUCUGCCCCCGAGAUUCUGCUCUCUGUGAUUGAAGUUUGCGGACAUGAGUUCAAAUCUGGUGAACUUGGUCCAUCGACAAUUGUUGGCAGUGCAGCCUUCAAUAUGUUUGUCAUCAUUGGCCUCUGUGUGUCCGUCAUUCCCCAAGGUGAAGUGCGUAAGGUCAAACACCUGAGAGUUUUCUUUGUCACAGCAGGCUGGAGUAUCUUUGCUUACAUCUGGCUCUACAUGAUCCUGGCUGUUUUUUCUCCUAAUGUAGUCCAGGUCUGGGAAGGCCUGGUCACACUAUCCUUUUUUCCCAUAUGCGUCCUACUCGCCUGGGUAGCAGACAGACGACUGCUCUUCUACAAGUUUAUGCAUAAGAAAUAUCGCACUGACAAACACAGGGGUGUCAUUAUUGAGACGGAAACAGAACGCUCCAAAGGGAUUGAGAUGGACGGCAAGAUGGUCAACUCUCACUUUAUGGAUGGAAGUGCAACCAGUAAUCUGAUUGGUUUGAUUGAAAGCAAAGAGGUAGAUGAGUCCCGCCGGGAUAUGAUUCGUAUCUUAAAGGACCUAAAGCAGAAGCACCCAGAGAAAGAUCUUGAUCAGCUGGUUGAGAUGGCUAAUUACUAUGCUCUCUCACAUCAGCAAAAGAGCCGUGCCUUCUACCGUAUCCAGGCCACUCGAAUGAUGACAGGCGCUGGGAAUAUCCUGAAGAAACAUGUAGCAGAACAAGCAAAGAAGAGCGCCAGUGUGCAAGAGGUGCACGUGGAGGAACCCGAAGAGUACGUGUCCCGGAUAGCAUUUGAGCCUGCUGCCUACCAGUGCCUUGAGAACUGCGGUGCUGCCAUCCUGGCUGUCACUAGAAAGGGUGGCGACAUCAACAAGACGAUCUACGUGGAUUAUAAAACAGAAGAUGGCUCGGCUAAUGCUGGAGCAGACUACGAGUUCACAGAGGGCACGGUGGUGUUUAAACCAGGGGAAAUAAUCAAAGAAAUAAGUAUUGGCAUCAUAGACGAUGACAUCUUUGAAGAGGACGAGCACUUCUUUGUGCGUCUCAAUAAUCUUCGGGUCUUGGAAACUGAAGACGAGGUGUUGUCUGCCAACAGCCUCCCAUACCCAAAGGCCAUCCUAGGUUUUCCCACUGUGGCUACGGUGACUAUUCUAGAUGACGAUCAUUCAGGCAUUUUCACGUUUGAGAGUGGCUCAGUUCACAUCAGUGAGAGCACUGGCAUUAUGGAAGUGAAAGUGCUGAGAACUUCUGGAGCAAGGGGAACUGUCAUUGUGCCUUAUCGCACAGUGGAGGGACUUGCCAAAGGCGGAGGGGAGGACUUUGAAGACACCUAUGGAGAACUUGAGUUCAAAAACGACGAGACCUGCAAGUUUGUUCACGUGAAAAUUAUUGACGAUGAGGAGUAUGAGAAAAACAAGAACUUCUUCCUGGAGCUGGCUGAGCCUCGCAUGGUAGACAUGAGUCUGCAGAAAGCCCUGUUGUUAGCUGAUGAUGUACCAGAUAGGAAGCUUACAUCUGACGAGGAGGAAGCCAAGCGGAUUGCCGAGAUGGGAAAGCCGGUGCUGGGGGAGCACCCACGGCUGGAGGUCAUUAUCGAAGAGUCGUACGAGUUCAAGAGCACAGUGGACAAGCUGAUCAAGAAGACCAACCUGGCUCUGGUGGUGGGAACAAACUCCUGGAGAGAGCAGUUCAUGGAGGCCAUUACUGUCAGUGCAGAUGAGGACGAGGAGGACACGGGCGAAGAGCGCCUUCCGUCCUGCUUCGACUACGUCAUGCACUUCCUCACAGUCUUCUGGAAGGUUCUGUUCGCGUGCGUCCCCCCCACGGACUACCUGAACGGCUGGGCCUGCUUCAUCGUGUCCAUCGUCAUCAUCGGCCUGCUCACAGCCRUCAUUGGUGACCUGGCCUCCCACUUCGGCUGCACCAUCGGCCUCAAGGACUCGGUCACGGCGGUGGUGUUUGUCGCUCUCGGCACGUCCAUCCCAGAUACCUUCGCCAGUAAGGUAGCCGCCGUCCAGGACACCUACGCGGACGCGUCCAUAGGAAACGUGACCGGCAGCAACGCUGUUAACGUCUUCCUGGGCAUCGGCAUGGCCUGGUCCGUGGCCGCCAUUUACUGGCACAUGAAAGGGAAGCCGUUUGUGGUGGAUGCCGGCUCSCUGGCCUUCUCAGUCACCCUCUUCACUAUCUUCGCCUUCCUGGCCGUGUCGGUGCUGCUCUACCGGCGCCGAGCCCACAUCGGAGGGGAACUAGGCGGCCCGCGAGGACACAGACUGGCCACGUCGGCCAUCUUUUUCAGCCUCUGGUUCCUCUACAUCCUCUUCUCCAGUCUAGAAGCCUACUGUCAUAUAGAAGGUUUCUGAGCAGAUUGAGACUCCCGACGAAGAAAAGCAAAGAGUGGAAAUUGGGUCAAUCUUAAUGCUAGGAACGUUGUUUUUUUUUUUCUAAGAUAUGUCGUCUGCUCUCUCCUCCACCCUUCCCUAAAGAAACCUCGGAGGCGCGCAUUCUGCCCUCUAGUGCCAAAAGGCCCGAACUGCAGCUUGCAUCUGGGUUUUAUUUCCCAGCAUGCCCCCAAAGGAUUGCGGAGGAGAUCCUGCAUUCUGCUGUUAAUCUGGAGAGAGCAGAGUCAAUCAGAGGUCUAUAUUUUUCUCAAAACGGGACAAAAAUGACUUUUUAAAAGAAACAUAUUUUGGGGAUAAAAAUGCAAAAACUAAUGCAACAAAAAUAAACAAGAGACCCAGUCACAUAGAGGAAUUAAAGAACUAUUUUCUGAUUUGAAAAAAAAAACAAAAAACAAUAAUAAUACUAAUAAUAAUGACAUUACAGUUGAAAGGGAAAAUACGAUGUGGAGUGAAAGAGGGGUGGAUUCAUAGUAUUUAUUUUAUUUGCACCCUUUCCUAAAGAGCUCUGUCCGGAAUCCCGCAACCAGGAAGAGGAACAAGAAACGACAGCGACAGCUCACACCGCCGGAAGAAUCACGACUCAAGCAGGAGAACAUGGGGGUGGGAGGGGAUGCGAACACGGUCAAACUGCCCUGAACAUUACUUCCUUACUCUAAAUGUAUCUAUAUAUAAUAUAUUUCCAUAUUUUCUGUAUAUUUUCAAUAUUUGUUUAAAUGUGGUCCUCUUCUGCUUCGACAGAGGAUCGCCGCGGCGCAGCGGGAGGUGGGMGGGGUCAAACUAUAUAUCUGAGGAUGUCUUCACCUUUCUAAGAGUUAUGUAUCUUGCCUAUAGGUAAACGAGUAUGACAUUGUAUUUUGUUUAUUUACCGAUGUCUUGGUCUCACUUGACCUUUCACCGAUUUUUCGAUCGGAAAUCCGAAGAAAAGGAAAAGAAAAGAAAAAAAAAGAAAAACGACUAAAUUUGYUGCUGCAGAAAUAAAUUCAGAGGUAUUUUUGUACUCUUCCUUCCAUGCACUUUGCUGUAUAGUUCUACUUCUGGAGACUUCUUCUCCUUCUUCUUCUUGUACAUGUGCAAAAGGCUAAUGGUCAAAGUGGUCACGAUGAACUGAACGGUGUCUGUGGAGGGAGAGGUGUUUGCUGCAGCUACCCACACUAAUCAGCCUCUUGGUUUUGGUCAGAGAAACCCURUUCUCUGCAUGAGGAUGCAUUAAUUAAUAUACAAUUACUGACACUCUUGAUUUGUGUGUCACUUUGUCUUGGAUCUCUUGGUUGGUUUUCAAACUCAAAACACAUUCGUUAUCACCUUGUUUUGUUCUACAGUGUAAAMACACAACAUCUUAGCAGUUUUGGUGUAGUUACAGUGCAAAUAUCUGAGUAGACUUGAAAUAAGACAAAACUAAUUUAUAAGUAACUUUCCAGCAGGAAAUAGGAGCUUGUCUGARAUAAAUAAUUCCUUAAUAUUUAUUUUUUUAAAAACAACAAAAAAAA